CGGAAGGAUGGCGGCCGCGUUGGGACCUUCCGCGCCGCUGCACUCGCGAGCCGUGAGCGAGCUCUGCCAGAAUCCCUCAGAAACGUUUUUAGAGGCCUCCCGCUUGCUGCUUACCUAUGCGGAUAAUAUCAUCAGACACCCAAAUGAAGAAAAAUACAGGUCUAUUAGGAUUGCAAAUCAAGCAUUUUCUACCAGAUUGCUGCCUGUCAGAGGGGCUGUUGAAUGUCUAUUUGAAAUGGGUUUUGAAGAGGGGGAAACACAUCUUGUUUUUCCUAAGGAAGCCUCCAUUGAACAGUUGCGCAAAAUCCGAGACCUAAUUGCUGGGGAAAGAAAUAGCCGAUUGCAUGGAUCAAAUCAAACUGAAAAGUCUGAAACCUCUCAACGGGUAGCAAACGCGCCUCCCGUGGCACCUCAACCACCAAGAACCGUGGACCCCAAUUUAAACCCAGUGGAUCAGUCUGCUGUCAUGACAAUGGAAUCACUUUUCUUGAAGACGCUUCAAUCAAAUUUUAUGCAUGUAAUGAAAUAUGAGAUGCCUGCUUUGCAAAAGAAGGCGCUGGCCUGUAUACCACUCCAAGAACUGAAAAAGAAAGCUCAAGAAAAACUAAUACAAGCAAAGCAAGUAGAUAGAGUUACCGUUGUAAAUGAAAAUGAUUUUCUGCUGCUAGAACUCCUGAACUGGUUUAAAUGUGAUUUUUUUGAAUGGGUAAAUAACCUCCCGUGUAGCAAGUGUGGAGGCCCAACAGAAUCAAAAGAUAAUUUAACACCUAAUGAAGAUGAUCUGAGAUGGGAUGCAAGUAGGGUGGAAAAUCACUUCUGUAGCCAAUGUCAGUUUAGCAAUAGAUUUCCAAGGUACAACAAUCCUGAGAAACUCCUGGAAACUAGACGUGGGCGCUGUGGAGAAUGGGCCAACUGCUUUACCCUCUGCUGUAGAGCUGUAGGAUUUGAAGCAAGAUAUGUUUGGGAUGCAACAGAUCACGUCUGGACUGAAGUUUAUUCACCAUCCCAACAAAGAUGGCUUCACUGUGACCCUUGUGAAAAUGUCUGUGAUAAACCUCUCCUCUAUGAAAUUGGAUGGAGCAAAAAACUUUCGUACAUUAUUGCAUUUUCUAAAGAUGAGGUUGUUGAUGUCAGCUGGCGUUACUCUUGUAAACAUGAAGAACUACUCUCAAGAAGGACACAAGUCAGUGAAGCAGUGCUGCGAGAAACUAUUAAUAAUCUCAACAAAGUGAGGCACCAAUCUUUGAGCGAUGGAAGACGAAGAGAGCUGUUAGAGAGAAUCAUUGUGGAGCUUGUUGAGUUUAUUUCUCCUAAAACUCCUAAGCCAGGAGAACUUGGAGGAAGGAUUUCUGGAUCAACAGCUUGGAGAAUCGCCAGGGGGGAAAUUGCUUCAGAGAGUCAAGAAGUUAUUUUUACUCCAACUGUACAAGAAAAGACCUCAAAGCUUCUUCACCUCACAUACAAUAUAGUGGAAGAUUGUUACACACGGAUUUCCAAUAAUAAUGAAAAGAUUGAUGGCUGGGAGAAAGGUGUUUGGAGAAUGGACUCUCUAUCGAGAAAGGUUGAAUCAGACUGGAAAAUGGUUUAUUUAGCACGAAAAGAAGGAACCUUGUCGGGUUACAUCAGCUGGAAAUUUGAGUGUGGCUCAGUUGAUCUAAAAAUAGAAAACAUUUCAGUCAGAACAAGCAGUCAGACGUUUCAGAGUGGAAGAGUAAGGUGGACGCUGCGUUCUGGAGACACUGUUGUCGAUGUUUAUGGAGAUAAAAGUCUUCACUCUUACCCUGAUAUUGCCAAUGUAUCGGAUGUUAUCUUGGAAGCCGAACUAAGUGGAGGUGAUGGCGAAAUUGCAUGGCAACAUACGCAACUAUUUAGGCAAAGUUUAAAGGAGGACGAAGACUGUUUUGAGAUCAUUCUAACAUUUAGUGAUCUUUGAGAAUCUGAAAAAGAUAUUCAGAGGAGACAACUGCAUUAAGCAAAACGUUCUGCCAUAAACUGUGCUUUAAAAAGAGCAUACAAACUCUGUUAGAAGGUCUUGACCCAAACAUUGUGUUUUUCAUAUUGAGAAGAAACCAUUGUUAUUCAUGUAAAACAUAAAGAAAUUCUGGAGUCUUAUAAGUGUUCCUUCUAAAAUAUAUAUCAGAUACUUAUCAAAAGAAGAAUAGAUGCAAGAGUUUGCAUUCAGAAAGAAGAGAAGGAUACUGUCCUGUGGUCACUUACUCAGAAGUUAGUAGUAUUCAAUCAAGUAGGAUACGCUGGGUAAAACCUGCAUAGACAUGGCCUGCAUGUCAUUUAAAGUUAGAAAUUAUGCUGGAAGAAGUAUUCUUAAUUCUGAAUGAAGAGUUUAACUUCAUUUAAUGAUGCAUUUUGGAAUUUGAUUAAGAAAAAAUUAUCCCUGUGAUGUUUGAGCCUUCUGUUUGCUCAUUAUUUUAUAAUAGAUUUUUUUGGCCUUCAUAACAUUAAAUAAGGUUAUGGAACCGUGGAAUAAUGAUUAACUCUUGAUGUCAUGUUUGGUUCAAUUAAGCUUUUCAAAAUGAAGAAUUUUUUUUGACAAAAUAGUUAAAAUUGAUGUGUACACAUAUGCACACAAACUCGUACCCAUUCAUAGUUAAAAUAUGUACAUUAAAUAUUUUCAAGACUUGUAAUAAAAAUAUAAAGUCAC